AUGAGAGUGGGAUUGAACAUUGAGCGGUUGCCCGGGGAGGACGGGGAGGACUGGGACUCUGGGAGGUAUACAUUGAGUGACGGAUGUUAGGAGACAGAUAACGGAUAAAAUCGUCAGCUGGAUUGUAUCAUAUCAGAUAAGAUUACGAAGAAUCUGCCGUUAAACCACGUCACUUUCAAGUUUCAAUGGCCUAGUCCCAGUCGCGACAGUUGGCUUGUGCGACCUCCGCAGUUUGUAAAAAAUGACUUUCGGAUCUCAACGCCAUUCUUAUAAAGACGUCUUCAUUAUCCCCUCUCUACACUUCACCGACGUCGAUAUCCUUCAAAAUUCUGCGAUUAACAACGUUCGCUGCGGGUCUAGUUCCUGCUUCAAACCCUCGAGUUUUAUUAUUGCACACAUCUCCUCUCUGGAACUCAAGGACGAUAUCUAGAACAUACGCCAUUGGACCUCGGAACAUGGUUGAUAUGAGUAAACCAAACGUGGUGGUUAUAGGUGGAAGUUAUGUCGGUUGUAAAGUCGUCGAUGAAAUUACUCCGAGGGUUUAUAAGACACAUAAUGUUGUAUUGAUUGAGAAGAAUUCACAUUUUAGACAUCUCUUCGCCUUUCCUCGUAUACACGCUGUUACAGGAUUCGAACAAAAGGCUUUCAUCCCAUACAAUACCCCAGGAUCCAACAAUGCCUCAGCGUUCUCAGCUUCCGUCAACCCUCCCAUCGAGGAAACUAAUAACACACAAUUGCCAUCUGACUCCAUUCAAAUAAUCCACGAAGCCGCUACAUCUAUCAUUCCAGACAAAGUCAUCCUUGGAGCAGGAACCUCGAUCCCAUAUGACUUUUUGGUCCUGGCGACUGGAACUGGACGACCUGGACCUGAAGGGUUGGUGGGGCAGGAUAAGAAAACUGGUGUUGAAAUUUCGAGAUUUCAUCAGGAGAAUGUGAAAAGGGCAAAGAAUAUUGUAAUUGUGGGUGGUGGGGCGUAUGGUAUUCAACUCGCUACUGACCUCAAGACACACGAGCCGACUAAAUCCAAAAAAGUCACUCUCAUUCAUUCUCGUCCACACCUCCUCAAUCGAUUCCACGAAGGCCUCCAUGAAAUCGCUCUAAACAGAUGCAAAGAACUCGGUAUCGACGUCGUCCUGGAUAAACGCGUAGUGAUCCCCCAAGGUGGUUUCCCUCUACAUACCACAGAAGAGGAUUUCGAUAUCGAAUUCGUCGCUGGUGGUUCUGUACGAGGAGAUCUCGUCAUCCUCUGUACAGGCUCAGUUCCCCUCUCCUCCCCUCUUCUCUCCCUCGCCCCUUCCGCAGUCGACAAACACGGGUUCAUUCGUGUGAAACCCACUCUGCAAAUUGAUACAGACACUCCUGGGUUUCCCAACGUGUUCGCAUUGGGAGACGUAGCAGACACUGGGGCACACAAGGCUGCUAGGCCAGCGGUCGUCCAGGCCGCUGUUGUAGCGCGCAAUAUUGAGAAGAUCCUCCAAGCGCGUAUUAGUGGUCAAGCUGAGCCGGAACUCGUGUUGGAUGAAUACAAACCUGAUCAGGCGGGUAUCCAUUUAAGUUUGGGUUUGAAUGCGUCGUUGAAAUUCCGAAACCCCACCCCCGAAAAUCCCUCCCCGAUGAUUUCAUGGGAUCAACCAGGUUCCCAAAAGCUUGAUGCUGGGUGUGCUAAGAUGUGGACGAUGAGAGCUCCUUGGGCUGGGAAGGAUUCUUAUAAUCUUUAGACUUGUACUACUGACAUAGAUAUAAAUACUUUCAUUUCGAUGGUUUAAUAUACAGUUCGUUUAGUUUCCCUAAGUGCGUGGGGUUUAUUCGGUGUAAGCGC